CACGCCGCAACCCGCAGCGGGGGCUCUCAAACCCAAACCCAAACCCCGCCGUUGUCGCGGACCGAAACGGAGUAGCGGCAAGGCCUUUCAGCCCGCGCCGACUCGCCGUCCCAUUCCCAUCACAUCAUCGCCGCCGCGGCUGCCAUUGCCGGAGCGGAGCGAGCGGGGCGGCGCCCGGGAUGGAGGCCGACGAGGGCCGGCGGGGGGAGGACCCGGCGGCGCUGAGCGGGGGCCACCUCUGCCACGCCUGCGGGUACCAGUACCCCAACCCGCACCCCAGCGCCAAGCUCCGCCGCAGCCACCGCAAGCACUGCGGCAAGGCGCCGGCGCCGGGGGCCGUGCCGGAGGCCGGGGAAGCCGCAGUGCGGGUGGCCGUUGGCGUGGGCGAGCGGGGAGAGGGCGGCGCCGGGGCGCGCAAUGCGGGCGAGAGGACGGCGAUCGGUGGGGGAGGAGGAGGAGGACAGCGGGAGGGGAUCGGCGCGAGCGAGGCGAAUGGAGGAGGCGCUGCGUUGCGCGGAUCUGCGGGAGGAGUUGACAGUUCGGCGGAGGACAAGGUGGCCCCAGCACAUGCUUCAACUGGUGCUGGAGCUCAAGUCAUCACCACUGAAUUAAGUGAAAACAGACCCCUUAUUAGUUGUGGUGACAAUGAAAGCGCUUCUCCCGAAGAUGCUGGAACUCAAACCAUCACAAGUGAAUUAAGUGAAAAUGGCUUCGUCAAUUGCAGCAGCAAUUCUAUAGUAAAUGAAUGUGAUGGAACUGAAUCACAGAUUGCUUGCCCUACUGGAAGUCAAACUAGAGUGGGACAUCCAGCUGAGCGAGAAGACAGUUUUGAUGAGUACCAGGAUGCAUCUCCGUUUCUUCAUCAAUCAGAUUCUGAAGAUGGUGCAGCACCAACUGCAGCACUUUCUACAGAAAUCAAUAAUUUGAAUACUGUUUCAUCAGAAUCAAGUAUCUCUGCAAAUGAAACUUAUUUUGAAACAAAUGGAUUAUGCAAAGAUCAAUUUUCUGGAGAAACCAAUAUGAGAGAUUUAGCUUCUGACUUCAAAGUUGGAUAUGAUUUGGAGGAUGGAGCUCUUAGAUUGACUGAGCCUGAAGUAAACCUGAAGCUUGGGGGUCCGUAUGAACUCUCUAUGAAUGUUGGCAACACUUAUGCUGAUAUGGUUAACAGUAAAUCUGAUAAAACAUCUGGCCAAGGUGAUGUGAUUGGUAAUUCGAAUGCUUCAUCCCUUCAGGAAGUCCAUCCACUUAUUUUGGAACCAGAAUCAAAAUCUACAAGCUCAGAAAAGGUACAAGGUUUUAUGGAAGAUAGAUCGCACGUUUUGCAUACCAUGUCUGAAGCAUCAUCAAGACCAGUAGUAGGAUCAGAUAGUGUUCAGUUGGAAACAACAACGAAUCCUAGCACUGACGCCAUGCCAAUUGGGAGUGACCUGAAGGUUGUUUGUACUGAUAAUGCUUUCAAAGAUUCCUCCAUGGAGCUCCCCACACAGAACUGGACUGUUGCUGAUAUACCAGAUGGUCGUCAGCCAGUUGAGAAUUCUUGCAAGAAAACUUUAGAAUGUCCUGCAGCUGGUUUUCAGUAUGAUCUUCCUGUUACUAAUGUGGGCAAUAUUCCUACUACUAAUGUGAAUGAUGUGGAAUUAACCUUUGAGGAGAAGCCACAACCAGAUAUUGUUGACGAAAAUCUUUCGGUACAGAAGACUAAUGGAUUCACUAAAGAGGAAGUCUGCAACAAACAGAUUGACACUGAGAUCUGUACUGAAGAUCAAUUUUCUCAUAGUCAGAAACAUGGCAGCUUACUAACAGAUCAAGCACUUUCUGUCAAGAAUCCAUUUAAUCUCGAUGAUGACAGGAAUGAUGAUUUGUUUGAACUUCCCACUGACAGCUGCUAUUUGGAGGUACCAAAUCCUGUUGAAUUGAGACAGCAAGUUGACUCUACAUCCCUGAUGGUGGAUCAACCAACAGUCUCGAACCCAACUAGGAUGGCUGAAGUGCAGCAAUGCCAUAACUCAACAGAUGAAAGCAUACUAUCUUCGUCAAGUGCUAUGGAAAAUGGUGAAGUAAUUUGCCCAGAAGGCGUGCCUGCCAGCAGUAGUUCUGAACUUGUGAACAAGAUUUGCUUGAAUGACCAUGGCCUGCAGGAAGAUGGACAUACAAGUGUCAUUUUGGUGCCAUCUCACGCAACCUCCGUGGAGUAUAGUACAGUACCUAUGCAGGAUAGCAGUGCCGUCUGUUCAGAAGUUGAAGAAAAUAUGAAAGCCGAAGAUGCUAGUGCAGAGGAGAUGACCGCAGUACGAGACAUAGAUGGUAUUGUAAUGGAACAGGCUACUAGUACUACUGCUAAUGACACAUAUGCUGCUAAUGUUGAAGAAAAGAAGCUGACUGAAGAUAGUGUGGCUGAGAAUGAGGCUGGCGGUACGGAGGUGAAUUCAGUACAGAACACAGGAAAUCUUGAAGAAAAUAAGCAGACUGAAGAAACAAAUGCAAAGGAGAUGAACGCAUGGUUCAGUGCUGAUGAUGAUGUUGAAGACAAAACACAGACUGAUGAUAGCAUUGCAGAGAAGAUGAAUGCAGCAGGAGGCACAGAGGAUUCUGAAGAAAAUAUGCUUGCUGAAGACAUUACCGCAAAGCAGAUGAUUGCAGCACGAAGCACAGAUAAUGUCGAAGAGAAGCAGCAGCCAAACGGCAUAGUCGGCCAAGAAGGGAACAACACCAAGCAGAACGAAGAGAUCGCCGCCCCAGGCUCGCGGCUGAAUUCAGGAAGAGCCCACGUCCCUCUGAAGGUCCUCCUUGCCGAGGCAAGCGCGGAGAAUCAAGUGAAGAAGCCUAGCACCAAGGAGCGGGUGCUGUCGUUCCGGCGCCGGGUGUCCAAGGACGGCAACUCGUCAAAAUCAGGGUCCCCCAAAUCCGUCUCCAACGACCAAUACUGGAGCUCCCCUGCCAAGCUGCCACGCAAGGAUGUUGGCAAGAGUUCCAAAGGAAGGAAGCAGCCUUGGAUGCCGUUCAUCUGCUGCCACUCCGUGCACUGACGGCGCCGCCUUUCCUGAGAAACGGAAAUGCCGUUCGUGACCUUGGGUUAUAUUUGCCUUUGUCGACAACUACUCUUACGUGUGGUGCUGUAACUAACGCUGUCCGUCCCUGUGUAGAUAGUCUGCGCAAUUAAGAUGGGUUUGAUAUACUGCUGUAGUAUGGGGUAUUUUGAAUUGGUGCAAUUUUGAUGUCGUCGUUAGCCAUUUGCGCACGAAUAUGUGAUGUUCACAUUCAGAUGGUGUUUGCUUGGA